AAAUCUUUUUUGGAAUGGCUUCUCACGAAAUAACUUGCAAAAUACCAACCCUAAGAGGAGGUAUAUAUUCUAAAUGAAUAGGGAACAACAGGGGGAGGCCGAAUUCUAACCAAGUAACCCUUAUUCCAAUUUACAAAAAAAAACAAUCCACGUACAGUACACAUUGGCCUCACCUAUUCUCUACCUCUUUUGGCAUAAACAGUCUCCAAAUAGCACUUACUUUUCGUUCACACAGGAACCAAGUAUCACACCUGCAUAUUCUCAACCCACCCUUAUUCAUAUUUUCUAUUUUUCUUUUCACUAACAAUUUUGAAUCCAUUUGUAUAUACUUUACCAUGGAAAGUCUAACAUCAGUUAUGUAUAUGAUAUGAUUCACUAACAAAAGUCAAUUUGCGCGUGAGUUUGUUAUUUUUCAGGGGGGAAGUAGAACAACAUCAGCAAAGUACUCAAAGAGUCAGGAUCUUAAUCGAAUUAAAAAAAGAAGCCAACAAAUUAAACACAAAACAAGUUUCAAGUCAGCCAUACAAUUGACAUGAAAAAAAAUCACUUGCAAUCCUCUAUUUGUUUUUUUGGUUUUCAGGUAUGUUGUUGUUUUACACAGAGAAACAACGAAGCACAAAAAAAUUCCACACAUCUUCACCUUCAGAUCCGCGCAAAGCUCCCAGCCGCGACCACCGGAAUCGUUGCAGAUCCGGCAACAACCGCCUCCUCCGAUCGGCGGCAUCACCGCCGCGAUCCAAGCCUCUAACGCGUCUCCCCCGAUCGCGCAGUCGCACGCAGAUUCGCGGACAUCGCCACACAAAUUACUCACCAUCGUUGAGAGUUUUGCCGUCGAAUUUCAUAUCUCCCCUUCGCCAUUGAUUCCUUCUUGAUUCAUCAUGUAUGCUGGGUUGUGGAUUCAAUUUGCAGAAAAAUGGAUGAAGUAUGAGGAAGAGAGAGGCGAGAAACAGCAUACUCCUUCUCUUUCCAUUUGUAUGGUGGAGCGCGUGCCAAGGGGGCCCAAUGGUUUACUAAUAAUAUGACUGUUUGUUUUUAUAUUUAUUAUUAGCAGCGCCUCUCUGUAUCACCACGGAGAGCUGGCAGAAGUGGUUGAGACAUAUUGUUGGUAAUCAGAAGGUCCUGGGUUCGAUCCCCAGGUCAUGCAUAUUUUCUUAUAUUUUCUUAACUUGUCUUGCUGUGACUAGCCUUUGAAUCCGGCGCUGCACACCUCUUGAGGAUUACCAUGCAUCUCCUAUCCUGGCCAUCCGAUCAAGCCAACACAAGAUCCAACGCAGUAGAACAAAGGGAGUAUACUAUGGAUCUACAGAGCAGUGAUACAGGAUCCCGCCCCAGAUUUCUGCUUCAUCAACGCCUUUGACUUCCCUACAUCCGUAGCAUACAAGGAUUAAUCAGAAGAGAAUCAUGGACCAUCUCGAACAGAAUCAGGUUGAACUUCGUAAGGACUUGGAUACUAUGGGGGAGAGGAUGACCCAACUCUUUGAGACUCUCCAUGCUGUUGUUCAAGGACAAGAAGAGCUAAGACAAAGUGUUGCUAAGUUGGCUAAUGGUACUCCUACUACUGUUGCUAAUGGGGGAUCAAAAUCUGUGCCCGUGGAAAUUCCAAACAAGGAGGAUUCACAUCAUGAGAACGAUUCUGAACUCGAAGCUUUCAAGUUCCCGAUUGAAGAAAAUGAGAGAAAGUUCCAUCUCUUGGAAGAAAGAUUGAAGGCUUUAGAAGGUCGAGGCUCCUCUGGUUUAAAUGCUAUUGAUUUGUGCUUAGUUCCUGAUAUCAAGAUUCCUGCUAAGUUCAAAGUCCCCAGUUUUGAGAAAUACAAGGGUAUCACUUGUCCGAUGAGUCACAUCAAGGCAUUCUGCAACAAGAUGGCACCGUAUGCAGAAAAUGAUAAGCUUCUAAUGCACUUCUUUCAGGAUAGCCUAAGUGGGGCAUCCCUUGAAUGGUAUACCCGACUUGAACGAACCCACGUCCGCACAUGGGAUGAAUUGGCAGAGACUUUUCUCAAGCAUUACAAGUACAACAGUGACAUGGCUCCUACUAGAAUACAACUCCAAAGUUUAACUCAGAAGGUUGAUGAGUCUUUUAAAGAGUAUGCCCAAAGAUGGAGAGAACUAGCUUCCAGAGUCCAACCUCCUCUUUUGGAACGAGAGCUUGUAGACAUGUUCAUGAAUACUUUGAAAGAUCCAUAUCUCAAUAUGAUGGUUGGAUGUGCUUCCUCCGAAUUCUCAAGUUUGGUUGUCGUAGGGGAACGAAUUGAAAACGCCUUAAAGAUGGGUAAAAUCCAAGAUAUGGACAAUGCUUCUGAAUUCACUGAAGAAGAGAAAAGUGAAGCAAACGCAAUCUCCGAGAUUGAAGAAGAGGGAGUCCCUGCUUAUCCUCAGGUUCAGGUUCCUAACUAUCAGAUGCUCCCAGUUUCUCCUAGUCAGUAUAUUCCACAAGUCUUUGCCGCCACUAUCAACCAACAACCCCAGAUGGUCCAACGACAACCAAUUCAGUAUUUGCCACAAAAGCAAUGUGUUCCACAUCAACAAGGUCAUCCGAAUCAACGCCAACCUAGAAGUAAUUUGGAACGAAGAAAUGCUCCGUUGGACCAGAUUCCUAUGACAUAUAGCAAACUUCUUCCAUAUCUAGUUCAAAGCUCAUUGAUGGUCCCCAAAUCUCUCAAGCCUCCACCACAGCCGUUCCCACCUGGGUAUGACCCUAAUGUGCAAUGUGGAUAUCAUGCUGGAUCAGUAGGGCACUCAACUGAGGACUGCAACGCUUUCAAAGCCAAAGUGCAACAGUUGAUUGAUGGGAGGCAUAUAACCCUUCAGGAAGGAAACAUGUGGGUGAAUGGAAUUCCUUUGCUCGAAUGAAUGCCUAGAUUUAAGAAAGUCUCCAGAAUCAACAAAUUCUUUCCUCACAACAUAUAGCUUUUCUAAGUUUGAUGCCCAUGCAAGGUUCCUACAUGUUUAAUGGUGGAUAUUUCUCUAGCAUCUAUGCUUGGGGCUCCCGCACGAGGGAUAAGCAAGACGUACUCUUAUCUUGAGCAUUGCAUUACUCGCAUUGCUCGAAUCCCUAAAGUAAAGUAACACAAAAUUUACAACUCUUGGGUGACUUUGUUGGAGUUUUCUUUUGAAGCAAUCUGAAGUGUUUGGAAGGAACUGCGGAAGGUAUCCAAGAUCAAUAAGUCCAAACGGAGUCAAGCCUCCUCUAUUAUGGCAAUCAUCAAUUCAUUUCUGCAUUUUCAUUUGUAAUUUUCCUUGUUUUGUUAAAUGUUUCUUCCAUGUAAAACCUGUUUGUUUUUAAUGAAAAUAAAAAUACAUUGCAUAUGCUAGUUUCGAAUCAAUCCAUUCGUGUUCACUCAUAUCUUUCUGUCUAUCGAUAUCAAACUCUUGAUUAAGCAAAAAUAGCAAAAGGAGAAUGAUGAAAAAUAUAAUAAAUGCAAAAAUCUUUAAUUGUGCGCUUUUGAAUAAAACCCCGCUGAGGAUGUACAGGCAUUGUUUCAAAUCCCCAAACACUGGAGAUAUAAGGGAGUGCAACUCUCGUUAACCCCUUUGAGCCUUGAAGUAGGAGUUUCUUUUUCAUACAAAAAAAAACCCCUCACAUUUAACCCAGGGGCAGGGUAGCGUUCAAUUAACCUGAUCGAGCAAUCAAAAUUCAUCAGGAGUGUGCAUCCAAGGACACAACAAUGGUUGUCUUUAAAAAGGUUGAGGAAAGUGAAUACCACAAUGAUAAUCCCUCAUCAAUCAAAGAAUGAGGCAGUCACAAUUACCUCCAACAAAUCAGAGAUUCAGGAUCACACGACUUGUUCAAAAAAAGAAGUGAAUAAAAAAAAUAUAGCCCGCUAAGUCACCAACUUGAAAACAAGUGACUUAGGCAAAAAUUAGGGCAUCCCGCUGGACUCCAAAAUAAAAUUCAAAAGAAUUUGUCCAGGCAAAAGUUAGGGAAACAAAAAGGAAAAGUAAAGCAGAAGCAAAAAACGAGGAUUACAAAACAAAGAUCCUCAUCAAAAGAACAAAGUCGUGUGAUCAGGCACCAAAAAAGAAAGUGAGUGACUGCCAUGUCCGAGAAGACUUCAUUGAUUCCUCAAUCAUCUCAAACUCCUCUUGAAGGAUGGGCGCUCGUAUCAGGUUAAGUUGAACUUAGGACUGGAGAACAUCACGAAGAAUGGGUGGGUUAGGUUAGACUUUGAGCCUUAAAAUCCUUUCUUUCUGAAACCGUGAACCAGACCACGUUACAACCCUUAAAAAGACCUAAUUGAAGCAUGGUUUAUUUCAAAAAGCAAGUUGUGUAAAACUGACUCCUAGAUGUUUGCUUACCAUUUAUGUUGAUAUCGAUAUGACAAAUAAUUCAAACACUGAAUGUCACAACUUUGUUUUAAUAACUUUGAUUUCGAAGCUAGCAUAAGCAUUGCAUUAAUAUUAGCAUCUUCAAAACAAAUAUCUUUUACUUGUGAAUAGACAUUUGACAUCAAGGAAGAUCCAACAAUGAACAACUGCAGAAAAAGUUGAUCGAUUCCAUGAGUCGUUCACUUCAAAAGGCUGAUCACUCCGAGGGGCAAGUUGUGUGAAGACUCUGUCAACUGAGGCAUCCAUUCACCGUUGGUCAAUCUGGGGCAAUCAAGUCGAGGAAUCCCUCUUGAGUUCAACCAAUCUGGGGCAGUUACGUCGAGAUUCGACAAAUCUCUCCAAGGAUCCCUUGGGGCAAAUUCCUUCGUAGUUCACGAAGCUUGGGGCACAAUCUUCUUAGUUUUUACUGUCUCUCCCCAAUCAUAGGAGUUUAUUUCUCCUGGAACUUUGGUCUCUCCUCAAACACAUGAGUUUAUUUCUCAUGGAAGUUGUUCCCCUCCCCCAACAUAGUCUCCUUGUCUGAAUUUCUCUUCCUCAACAUGGUGAAUCGAGGGAAUCUCCUCAAGCUCACCAUCCCCAAGCAAUUCAAGGUGUAGGGAAAGUCAAAUGAAGUCACUUCCUCCCCAACAAAGCUACAUUCCAACCCUCGGUGCAGUUACCAAUGAUCUUUUGGUACUGCAGGAUUUCCAACACCGAUUCGUAUUGGCAUCUCAAGACAACAAGCAACGGACCCCAAUGAUCUUGCUCCUCUAUCUCACCAAGGCCUGUUAUUUGGCACUUUGCAUACAAAAUCCAUUGCAUAUAGCAUUGCAUCAUUAAAAGCGUAGCAUAUCCAUCAAAGUGGAGCAUUACGCCAUAGAAAAAUUCAAACAUGCAUCAAUGCAUAAGCCAGAUAAUCUGAAUCAAUACUCAGGCAGACAGCAAUACAUCCCCACAAAGAAUGUUGUCUUCACAAAUUUCCCAAGUACCAUCCUUGAUGAAUUCCUCAUAAAGCCUUACCCUUCAAAACCCAGUUCCCGCCCUGGUGGUCAUUCUUCCAAAGCCAGUUCCCGUCCUGGUAAUCAUUUUCAAAAUCCAGUUCACGUCCUGGUAAUCAUUUUCAAAUCCAGUUCUCGUCCUGGUAAUCAUUUCCCAAAAUCCAGUUCCCGUCCUGGUAAUCAUUUUCAAAAUCCAGUUCACGUCCUGGUAAUCACUUUCAAAAUCCAGCUCCCGUCCUGGUAAUCACUUUCAAAAUCCAGUUCCCGUCCUGGUAAUCAUUCUUCAAAACCUAGUUCCCGCCCUGGUGGUCAUUCUUCCAAAGCCAGUUCCCGUCCUGGUAAUCAUUCUUCAAAGCCCAAUUCCCGCAUUGGCAAACCUUUUUCAAAGCCCAAUUCCCGCCUUGGCAAACCUUUUUCAAAGCCCAAUUCCCGCCUUGGCAAACUUUUCUUUCAAAGCCCAAUUCUCGCCUUGGCAAACUUUUCUUUCAAAGUCCAAUUCUCGCCUUGGCAAACACUUUUCAAAGUCCAGUCCUCGCCCUGGCAAAUCAUUUCUUUCAUUUUCAGUCCUCGUCUGAUAUCCUAGGUGAAGUCAGUUCCCGCCUGACAACCACCAUUCAUCCCUAAUUUCUUACUAUAAAACCAAUUCCCAAUCCCCAGCAAGUCAUUAUUCUCUUUCCCCAUUCAACCAUUACUCACUGUAAAUAUUUCCACCAGAAAAAUCUUUCUCUCCCCAGCAGAUAUCAAAACAAAAAUAGAAUAAAGAUAACACUUACACCGUCUUUUCAGGACAAAUUUCUGGUCUUGGUAUUUAAUCUUCUUCUACCUCGAAUGUUUGAAAGGCUAUCGCCAAUCUCACAUUCAGGUACAAGACGAUUAAAUAGGGGCAGCUGUCAUACCCCAAAUUUGUCCUACCCUUUUACUUUCAUCUGGCUUAGGCUUUUCAUUCAUGUACAUACUUCCCAUUAGGUCAUCUAACACUCAUGCAUUCAUUUAAAUCAAUAACAUUGACAUGGGAUCAAGGAUAUUGAAAAGUCAUGAUCCUAUGAUCGAGGAUAUCACAAUUGGGGCUGACUUGUAUUGGAAUUGUAUUAAAUUGAUGAUUGUAUCUCCUUAUGGUUAUACCUACGAAGUAGUCAAGACUUGGUACAAAGGACUGUAUUUGAAUCAAGAUGCUAAUGUGUAGUGAUUCUAGCCUGAUUAGGGUUUUGUCGGGUUGCUUGUGUUACAAUUCAUCCUGACUCAAUUAUUGUUUGUUUGGGCCUCUCAUUAAAGCGCUGAAGAAAAAUCAUUACCAAAUAUGCAGUUGAUUAAAGGUUGACUUUAUGGGGACCAAAUCAUGCUAAUUAAUUCUUGACUGAAAGUUACUUCAAUCUUUUGACUGAUUUUCAACUGAUGUUGUGGUUCAUCCAAAUGGGCAAUUAAAGAUGAAGUGAAAAGCUUUGGAAAUUUGAAUUCAACAAGCGGAGGAAAAAAGUGCUUUAUUGCUUCAAAGACAAAUCAUAAUUACAAGUCAAUACAAAUAUCAAAUUUCAUACAGUUCAUUACAAGACACCACUUAAAAGAGAAAUUGAAUUACAACAAAAAUUGCACAAUUGACUUUGUGGGUCAACACUUGAUUUUCAGUCAAGCUGUCAACGGUUGACCAGACAUUAUCUCCACCUUAUGACUUGUCAGACUCGUGUUUCCAUCAAUUCUUCAAGCUUGCCUUAACACCACAAGCAUCCAAAUGUGCAUCAGUUUAAACCAUGGAGUAACAUUUUAAAUUCACACUCCUCAAUUCACAAAUCAUUCCCGCUGCCCAUAUCAUUCAACAUACUGUUUCAAGAACCAUCCCACAGAGCCAAUUGUGUCUGAGCCAAAAAACAACCUGCAACACACAUAAAAACCAUUCAGCAUACUGUAUCCAGUUUCAGCAUAGUUCAGAAAACCCACAAUCAAUUCACAUCAGUUUAAACCAUUCGAAAACCUGCCACAAUCCAUAUGUGAUCAGCCCCAUACAUGAUGCAUCAUUCAAAAGAGAUCCUGAACCAGUAUAUACAUCCAAAAUCAUUCAAAACAGCCCCUGCACAAUUAAACAAACUCCAAACCUGCAACAUUCAUAUUAAUUCAGCAUUCAUCAUUUCAAGUGUACACAUCACCUAUUAACUAACAACCUAACUGCUUCCUAACCACUUGUUUACUAACAGCAGAAAACAGAAUUGAAUAAACCAAAACCAACAGCCAAAUACAUUCCAAAAUAACCCUGCAUACAAUACAUUUAACCAUAUAAUAACCAAUCACACAUCCAAAACAGAAUCGCACUCGACUAACAAACCAGUUCCCAAUCACAAGCAGUCACAAUUCCUAACUAGCUGUAUCUCCCCCAACUGAAUUCACUAACCAAAUUACCAACAUUCAUAACAGAAUCCCGACAGAAAACUAACUCAGCCCUUCAAAACUAAUCCCUAACUGUCAUAUAACCAACUUAUAACUGUCAAUAACAGAACUAACCAACAUCCAAACCACCCUCUAACCGUUUCCUAACCAACCAGUAACAGACUCAUAACAAACUUUUCUUAACUACCAAAACAGAAAAUAGAAGAUGGAGAAAAAUAACUCACCUAUAUAACUGAAUUCAUCAUCAUCUUCAGCUUCUCUCUGGAUUUUUCUGCUUCAUUCAUCACCAUCUUCACCUCAUCACCUUCAUUCAUCUUCAUCACCUUCUCUCUCUUUCACCUCUCAAUCAUACAUCAAUCAUCUUCAACCUCCUCCACUUCGUCUCUUUCUUCAACCUUCUCCAUACCUUAAUUCGACCAAGUUCUGCAGAAAAGUUCACAAGAUAGAAUCAAAUUCACAUACAGUAAGAAGAGUUCCAAAAGAAAAUCAUCGCAGCUACAAGAAAUUCAUCGCACCCUCGUCACAGUGGCCUCGGCUUCAACGCAUCAACUCAAUUCACUCUAUAAUCAACUCUGCAACCUUCAACUCCCUUCAUACUUCAAUUCUGAAACUCACCAAGAAACCUUCACAAACUCUUCAACCUUCAACUCUCAUCAUACUUCAAUUCUGAAAAUCAUUACCAAGAAACUAUCAUCAACAAACACCACUGCAUCACAACCUUUGAUCUCCGCCACGUUCAACAUCACCAACUACCAAUCUCGCAUCAAUCGGCAACUGCAUCACCGAAGCGGCGUUCGAACAUCAGAAUGCGACCAUUCACGGCGUCGCAACCUCCCUGCGUCAAAGGCAACAACCACAACGUUAUAGAAUCAGAGAAACCACGCGAGAUCGAGAAAGAGCUAGAUCGCACCGGAGAAGAAAAUGAGACAAGGGUGUCGAGUUCGAAUCGGAUAAGAAAAUUGAGGCGAACGGAGAGAACGAAGGGCCUCCACCGCGACGGCGUGGUGUUGAUCGGAGAAGGUUGAAGAGAGCCACCGUCGCCGUUGAGUUCGUGGGAGAAGGGAAGACGAGUCGAGAGAAGCUCAGAGGUCACAAGCAAUCUUACCCUAAUUCCCAAUUCUAUUCUAUGUGCUUUUUUUUGUUUUUUAUUUUUAUUUUUUUUUUAAUUCAUUUUUUCUUUUGAUAAAUUCUGAAAUGUUAAUUAACCUAGAAACCUGGAUCAACAAAUCAACGGGCCAUACGAAUUGCUGUUGUAUACCCCCCCUGUAGCUCAUAACGCCCGUUUUUUGGUCAUGCUGAAAAAUGAACAACAAAAAAAAUCUCUGGGCCUCCUCUGUUUGGGCCAGGCACCUACUUUCAGACCACACUCCAUAAUCCAGCAUAAACCCCCUGACUCCAUUGUUUUUCUUAUUAGAAUUUAGAGUUUUUUUGACAUAGUUUUGAUCUAAUUUUUAGGUAAUAAAAUCCUAAUUUUGUUAGAUUUAGGUCUUUUCACAUAGUUUCUUCCUGUUAUUUUUAGGUGAUAAAAAAAAAUUGACAUAGAAAACUUCAUAAAAAGAAUUACUAGUUCAGGCUUAUAAAAUUUAGUUUUUAGUACGAUUUAGACUUGAAUUAGAAAUUCCUUAACAUAAAAAGCUCAUAAAAAUAGUAGCAUUUUCAGGUUAAUUUUGCACUAACGCUUGAAUCAUUUUCUUUAUGAUAUUGUACCAUUUCCAUGUUAUUUUUUGUGUAAUUGUUGUGUGAUUUUGUUACUUGUUUUGCGCCAUAUUUUUGGCCUAUUUUGUUAACACCAUUUUAAUACUCCUUUUAGAAUUUAGUCACCAUGUUAACAUUAGGAUUUAGACUUGUAUAGACAACAUAGAUUAGGAAAUAGGCUAGUUCCCUUUCAUUCUCUUUUUCUUUUCAACUUUUAAAAUACUUAAUAAACCCGACAAAGAUCAUACUGUCACACUUAUGAUAUAUGGUGGGAAAGAAAUGAUUGGGGUGUAGGCCCCGAUGUACGUUCUUCCCCACGUAGUAGAAAAGAAAUGAUUGGGGUGUAGGCCCCGAUGUACGUUCUUUUCUACUAAACGGAAAAGAAAUGAUUGGAAUGUAGAUUUCGAUGUAUUUCUUAUCCGUCAUUUAGAGAAUCGAUUGUGGUGUAGACCUCGAUGUGCAUUCUCUAAAUAUUCAAAGAACAAACAAAAUCCUUUUGGUAUGAUCUAAGUCACAAAUAAUUUCCCCUUUAAAAAACACCAACCAAAAACACUUAAAACACUAAUAAAUGGUCAGAUUUAACACAAAGUAAGGAAGUGAUGCGAGACCUUGUAGUGGGUUCUCGUCAUCAUGGAAUUACCCUAAAAGAUACAAACCAAUUCUCUCUCUCUCUUCCCUCUUUUCUUAAGGGCAUUGUUAUCUCCGCUCCAUUGCAUCCUAGGCUGUCCCCUUAUGCAAGAGCGCGAGCGUUAACUCCGCCCAACUAAAAAACACAAAAACAAACAGAAAAUCGUGAGCCGAACUACGGUCGCUCUGAUUCCUUGAAAGGGAUACGUAGGCAUUGGGUCGCGGGGCCUAAGCGAGCACACUUGUAAAUAAUUCCUUCUUUUCCCCGUAUUUCUUUUGCAUUCAUUCAUAUUUAGGUUUAGACAUAGAUACACCCUUUAGAUAGAAACAAACAUAGGUGGAUACCAUCGAGUACGAUGGGCGCGAGGGGUGCUAAUACCUUCCCCUCGCGUAACCGACUCCCGUACCUUGAUUCUCUGGUCGCGAGACCUUGUUCCUUCCUUUGCUAGGUUUUCUGAUAUUCCUUUCCCUUAUGGGAUAAAUAUAUUGGUGGCGACUCUGUUCAUUUUUCGCGAGCGUGCGACAAUGAUCGGAAUCAAAAAUUGAAAAAAAGCUUGAAACCGUGAACAUUGACGUUACGGUUCUGAAUGCUUGGACGUGCUGCAGAUGGUCGAGAUCGAUCAGGACACUUCGGGAGAUCGGAGAAUACGUACGGUUUUGCUUGAAUUCCCUUGCAACCUUGACUGCGACCUCCUCUUGUUUCACGAAAUUUGCAGAGCCAAAAAUAGGACUUGUCCGCCGCCGAAAAAAAAAAAAGAAGAAGCCCCUACUCUUCUGCAUCCUUUUGACUUUUAUAAUGUAAGGGUAGGUUUUACGUUGCACUCAAAUUUGGAAGGGAAUUAAUCUUGAUUUCGUAACGGAGAUAUGGUGUAAUGGGAGAUUGGUCCUUGAUUUGCAUUUGGUCUUAAUCCUGCUCUGGUUCAGAUUUGUUGUUUUAGGAAAAUAUUGAUAUAAGGCCUUUAAAUGAUUUCAUCUGAUUUUGCAUCUGUUUGUAUCUUUGGAUUUGGAGAUUUGAACCAACAAAGGAUUCUAUCAUGAAUGAAUUUGAGAUUUGGCUUUUGAAUAAUUUGACUCCCUUAUAAUUUUGUGAUGCUGAACCGUAUAGUAACUCCUUUUGCUUUUUCUUUCUCUUAACGAAUAAUAACCUGACAAUCUAUAAUAAAAUCUACUAAAAUAAAAAUCAGUUCCUAAUAUAAUGAAAACUAACAAAAAUUCUACUUCCUAAAAUUUUUUAUGUUUAAAUAAUACGAUGAUAAUAAUAAAAACCAUAGAAAUCUACCUAGUAUGAAAUAAUAGCAAAACUAAUUUCUAAAAAUUAAAAUAAUUUAAACUAUAUAUAAAAAAAAGUAUAAUAAUAACAAUAAAAACUAAUUAGUAAAAAUAAAAUGACAAAAUAAUAAGGGAAAAAAUGUCAAAAUAAUGAAGGUGGUGGGAUUUGAACUCAAGUCCUCCCAUACCUACAUUCCUUGCCCUUAUCCUGCUAUCCAUUGGGUCGGCGCAUUUAUUUGAAAUGACAUUUGCAAAUAUAUGAUGGUAAAUUUUGGGGUAUGACAACCCGCAUCUAUGCAUUCCCUAACCUGUGGAGAGUUUCCUUUUAUAUCUUUGUAUUUUACAACUACGUGUCCUUCCCACGAGGGACAUCUUAGUUUACGCACGUCAAUUGGCCUCUCGAUGGCCAUGCGAUCUGGUGACUAUCUUGAACGGUCACCCCGUGCUUACAUCUACGCGUUCCCUAGCCUGUAGGGAUUAUAUUUCUAAAAACGCAUCCUUCAUACGAAGGACAUCUUUGUUAGCAUACGUCAAUUGGCCUCUCGAUGGCCAUGCGAUUCAGUGUCUGUAUUGAACGGUCACCCCGUGCUUGCUCUUACGAACUCCCUAGCCUGUAGGGAUUUUUCUUUUACAUCCAUGUGUUUUCACAACGACGCGUCCUUCCCCGAAGGACAACUUCAUUAGCAUGCGUUCGAUUGGCCUCUCGAUGGCUAUGAGAUCUAGUGACUGUCUUGAACGGUCACUCCAUGCUUGUUUCCGCCACCCUCUAACUUGUAGGGUUUGGAUUUCCAUCUAUACAUGUUUCAUCCCUAGCCUGUAGGGAUUUCACUUCAUCCGAUAUCGUCCUUAUAUAGGUUGUGUUCCGCAUAGAGAACCUUCCCACCAAGGACAACUUCAUUGGUACACGUUGAUUGGCCUCUCGAUGGCCAUGAGACUUGGUGACUGUCUUGAACGGUCACUAGUCGCUACCUUCUACAUACUCCCGAACCUAAGGGAUUUCCAUUGGCAUGUCAUAACGUCUAUCUUGCAAGGAUUUCACUAGGGUCAAAUGUCAUCCCUAAAUCCACAUACGCUAUCCUUAAGGAUUAUAUGUCACACAUCUGCAUUGCAUACACGGAGUUAUAAUACAAGGAGUCUUUCGCAUACGCAUGCAUUUGCAUUUUCAUGCAUCCAUACAUUUACAUUGACAUUUACAUUUGCAUUCAUAUCUUCGCCCGCACCCACACUUACCGUGCUAGCCGAUUUCCCGAGACUCGUGGAAAAAAACUAAAGAGGAGAAAGAAGGAGGAUAAACAAUUAAGAAUGAUCUUAAGGAAAAGAGGACGCCUUUCACCAUGCCAGCCACAUGCCCACGCCUUGUCGUAACAGGAUUGUGAAUGCAACAAAGGUUAUUAUCGAGCAAGGAUUAGUUCAACAACGAAGUUCCCUCAUAGAUACACUCAAGGGGUAUCUAAUCAUAAGGGGGUUCAUCUACGAACAUAGCAAACUUACAAGGACGCUCUACGAUAACCUGGGGGCAAGGAUUAAUCCAACUGGGGCAAUACCCUGAACAAAAAUGCGUGACUACGAUGGAGGGAAUGCGACAUAUGCUAACUCCAUACCAAGGGGUAAAAAGGCCAUAGGUUUUUCUAUCAAUCUACAAACUUUGAAGGCUGCAAAUGGUGUGGUGAUAUCCUUAGAAAAAAAGGCAAAAUAGGUUCAGUCAAAGGAAACUCAUGAAGUUCCGAUACGACGAAAACCCACCGCUUACAAUUAUUUCCGACAGGUUUGACGUGCCCAAGGAAACUGCGUGCUUACAAGAUCAAUGGAUUUACAAAGGAGAUUGUCCCUAGGACUAAUAGGUGUUUAUCAUGUAAAAAUUUCAACCCCUACGAUCGCUAAGUGUCACUCAGGAUAAAAGUUGUACCUUCGGGUUAGCAAUUCUAAUGGGAUGACCACGCAGGUUUUGGAGUCAAUUCAUUCACUCACUGCUAUGAGUUUCCACUCACGCACUUCUGUGCCAUUCUCAAUUUCACGGUUAGGAUUUAUUAACAAACUUAAGGGAGAAUGACGAAUACAAAUAACUAAGUCCAGCUAAACAUAUGCUUUCAAGGUAAGACCAAGCCGAGGAUGUAAGGGCAUUGUUUCAAUUCCCAAACAGUGGAGAUAUAAGGAUGUUAAUCCCUCGUCACCACCUCGAGCCAGGAGUUGGAGCUUGUUUCUACUUUUUAAAUAAACCUUGAUUUUAACCAGGGGCAGGGUAGAUUUCAAUUAAUUCAAUGGUGUAUUUUGGUUGUCAAGAGAAUCAGUCAAUCCAAGCAAGGAUUCAAGCAAAAGGUCAAGCAAGGGUUCAAGCAUAUCUUCUUCCUCGCAUUCAUCCAAAAAAUUAAGGAAGAAAUGGAGAUUACAUUCACAACAUCUCCUCCCUCAAUACAUCAAUCAAGAUCGAGGACGUAUCAAAGUUGGAGCUUACAAAUCAAAGUCAACAUGGCAGUCACAACAUCCAAUAUCCAAGGAUCAAAUCUCAAAAGGAGUAUUAAAAAAAAAGGGAGGAAAGCGCCCACUAAGUCGAAAUGGAAAAUUCCAUGAAUGAAAACAAAAAAAACGACUUAGGCAAAAAUUAGGGCAUCCCGAUGGAUCAAAUUCAAGGGAAUUGGUUCAUGCAAAAAUAAGGGAUAAAGACAAAGGCGAAAUACAAAGGAUAGUCUUGUGGCUUCUAAACCAUCGAAGCUUCACAUCAAUGCUUGGAUAUUUACAAGUGUUUGGAUCUCUACUAAGGCUUCUGCUAAACAUUAAGACUGAAACGAUUCUCUUACACACAAAGCACAUCCAUUGGAUUAGGCGAAUUUUUAGGAUCUGGAGAACAUCAAGGAGAAUGGGGUGGGAUAAAUAAAAUUUUGAGCCUUAUAUCCAUUGUUUCUUAAAACAUGAACCAGGCCAAGUUACAACAUUUAAAAGUCCUAAUUGAGGCAAGGUUAACCACGAAAGCAUAUUAAGCAGGAUUUUGUUAUACUGACUCCUAAAGUUUGUUAAAUCUAGUUUUAACCACUACGCUUCUUCAAGCAUUCAUUUCUGAAUCAUCCAGUCCUAAUUCAUAACGGACUUCGAUUUUAAAACUUGCAUACGCAUCGCAUUGGAUUUACUUCUCAAAAGGGUACAACGCCGUCUACGAAUAUACAUGUUAUACCCCAAAAUUUCCCGCAUCUUUUUUCAAGAAAACUCCAAUCUAAAAAUUAAGAGUCUCAUAUAAUCAUGGAUUUUUAUUUCAGUAAAUAUCCUGACAUGUGAAAUACUUAGUUUUUAGAAUUUUACAGUAUUUUGGCUUACAGUUGAAUUUAUUCUUACGCAAACGCCAAGUACUGUUCAUUACUUCACACAUGCUAUUUAUUUAUUUACAGAUAAAUAGUACUGACACAAUUGGUACAGAGUUAAAUCUUUUGCAGGCGCAGAAUCAGGAAACUCAGACUGUACUGGUAACAAGUAGAUUAUUAUUAUCUUUUGUUUCCUACUAAUUUUUGUACUAUAUUCCAUUAUUUUCAAAAUCUUUUCAAAUCUCUUUUUCAAAAAUCAAAUCCUAACUUUAUUCUAUACAUCUCUCUUUUUCCCAACACUAUCAUACACUUUCUUUCAAAUCUUACUUCCACUCAAAUUUUCCUUUUGUACGGAAUCACUUCAUUCCCCAACGUCUAUAUCCUUCUUUCCAUUCUAUAAAUACCUCUCAUUUUUCCAUAAAAUCUCACAUCAAAUUCUAAAUCAUCUCUCAAAUUUCUACUUCAUAUCCAUUCUUUCUUCUUCCCCGACAAAAUGGCGAAGUGGUGGGAAACGUGUUUUCUUAUGGUUAUCACCAUUGCUACGGUGAUCAUGUCUUUCUUCUAUCUACAUAGCCCUGAACACUGUGGACCUGGGAUGCUUGCAUUCCCAAUCAUCUACAUGUUAUUGUUUGUAGCAUGGGUUAUCAAUCGUCAUUCUUAAAGUUUGUCGUAUCUCUUAUUUUCUUAAUGUACCGUUUACCCGUCGUACUGUUCAAUAUAGUAUGUAAUAUUUGUACUGUCAGUAUUAAAUGUUGUACUAUUUGUCAUAAUAUUGCUUAAUUAUUAAGAUAAUAUUUUGUGUGUUUUAUGCCAGUCAAAUAUUCAUUUUUCUGUGCAUUAAAUGAUUUUCAGGGUUAUUAUCGAUAAUUUUGCUCGCGUACAGUAAAUAUUAGUUAUUUAUUAUGUCUGUGUUUUUUAACAAAUCAUGUAAAUAAACUUUUAUCUUUCACAUAAAACAAAAAUAACAAAAAGAAAAUUAACUUUGACUGUUGAUUUUUCACUCUAACUGCUACAUUAAUACCCGAACAGUCAGUUGACAGUCAAACUGCUGACAGUACAAUUCUCAGUGUGUUGUACCAUCAAUCAAAUCAAACUUUUGCAAUUUCAAAAUUCCAAGAUUUUUGUCCUAGAAGUCUUCUGAAUAUCACAUGAUUAGCAGAGACUCAACACUGGACAAAAAUCAGGUACGCUUAACUGUCUCCUACACAAACAGUCCCUAACUAGGGUUUCUUGUUUUUACAGGAGAAACAAGUUUUUGAGACCUCAAAUGGAUUUCAUGGACAUCCAUAUAUCUCAAAGUACCAUCAUACAAAUUUUCAGACUUCAAUUCACUCAGACGCACCGUCAGCAGCUCAAACAGUCAACAGACGACCCGUUUGACCAAAAAAGUCAACAGACAGUCAAAAAUGAAAUUUUUUGUCAACAUCCAUAUUUUGUCAAAGGAUUCAUCAUUUGAUCAUUGGAUGAUCAUAAUUCAUCAAGGAAAGAUCAAAAAUCAACAAAACCCUAAGAUUCAAAAUUAGGGUUUUCUCCUAAAAAGUCAACUGAACUUUGACUGGUCAUAACUCUCUCAUCCUUCAUCCAAAAAAUUCAAACCAAAGCUCAUUUUGAAGGAAAUUCAAUUAUCUUUCAAAUGCAAUUGAUCCCAUGGUCAUUACAUUCACCAUUUGAAAAAUAUGAACAAAGACAUUACAGGUCAUUUUCAAAGUCAACAAAAAGACACUUUUUUCAAAAAGGACACACAAGGAGCAUCAAAAAUCAUUUUGACAUGAGACCAAAGACAUUGGUUAGAGGAGUCUUUGAGGUUUCCAAAAAGUGCAAGAUCUCCUUCAUAUGACAAAAAUUGAGGGAUUUACACCUUGUUGAAGUUGGCUAAAUUUUAGGAAAAUGCAUAAAACCAACAUUGCUCAAAAAUGUAUUUUUUCCAAAUGGGGCCAAGUUUUCAUGAUCCAAACAUCAUUCCCAUGAUGUAAAGGGCCUCCCACGACCAAGACUAAGCCCACAUCAUUUUUGUUCCAUUUUUUAUUUAAUUUUAUCCAUUUUAAGAUUAAAUGAAAAUGAAAAAUGGAAGGAUAAUGCAUGGCUUAAUUUCUAAGCAUGACUCAUCAAAGGAAUCAUUCAAACUCUGCCCCAAGCCAAGUACAACAGAAGGAGAGUGGAAAAUCAAGCCAUAGUAGCUUAAAUGCAAAGCUACACAUGUGGAAAAAGUCAAGAAUUCAACAAAGACAUAAAUGCUUCUUAGCUUAUUUUCUAAGCACUUCAAUGCUUAUAUAAGGGCUAUCAUACUUCAGUAAGAGAAGAGAACGAAUUUAGAAGCUCCCAUAGGCAUACAUCACUCUUGUAACAACUUGUAAAAAUUCAAAGAAACUUGGAAUUCGAAUUUUAAGUUCAAGUCAUUUUCAAUACAAACUAAGCAUUCAAACAUCAUCCUUGAACAUCACUAAACAUAACCAGAUCAAUUGCAAGCCUUGAAACUCACUAAAUCAAGCACUACAGGUCACGAUUUAUUCAAACAUAAAUCAGUUCGUAUUUGAUCAUACACGCAUGCUUAGCAAGAUGUAGACAUAUAUUUGAACUUAGUUUGAUGUGUAGAUCAUUUCUGGAAGUUUAAUUGAGUUUUGGAUGCUUGUAUAAGAGGUUACCAUUUUUAGGGUUCUUAGAUCCUAUUUAGGGAUUUUUGUUACAAGCAAAAUUAGAAGAAACUAAGGCCAUAUUUGAAUUCAGGGGAGAAAACCCAAUCGAAAGAGCCUAUCGCGAAAAAUUUCUGUUUUGGUUUACCCCUAUUCGCUAUUUUUGCAGAUUUAGGGCUCAUCAAUUACAGCGCUUUUGCACAAAAGCGCUGUUAAAAGUGGUGUCUGGAGGUUGAAGACGAAGACGUGUCCUCACCUCAUUGGUUCACACGCGCGCGUUUUUUUAAAUUUAAUUUUUCUAAUCCAGUGUGCUGCAGGUAUAUCACGUGUCACACGCCUUCAGGCCUUCCACCAUCAGAUCCAUCCAUCUGCCAAUCCAACGCUUCAAAACACGCACCCCCAUCAUGGACUUCAUUUAAUAAUUACACUAGAUUAUUGUUUAUAUAUAUUUCUAUUUUUAUUUUAAUUUCUUUGCAAAAUUAAUUAAAAA